UAUAUAUACACGAGUACCCACACUGCCCCGGAGUGUUUCAUAACCUGUUUACUCCGGCGCGCCGGUCCGGUGGUAGCCGUUGGCUUAUCGGUGCGAGAGGUUGUGACACAAUUUCCUUGCGUCCGCAUUAUUCGGUUCUGCGAUUCCGCGGGUCUUACGAAGAAUUGCGGAGCGAGUUCAGGGUGUGCGGUAGACUGUAUUGUCCGUUUUCACGAUGCUCCGAUUACUUGCUUCGCUGCGCGCACGAGGCGGAACGUUGGUCGCGACUGCAACCGGUUCGCUGGCGGGAGCUGACGCCACGUCGUUCGCGAAGGCUGCCCGUGGCUUCUCAGUGAGCUCGAGGCUACUCGGCGACGGGCCGCAGAUCCAGAAGUCCGCGCCGGAUUUCUCUGGUACCGCGGUGGUCAACGGCGACUUCAAGGAGAUCAAGUUGCGCGACUACAAAGGGAAAUUCGUAGUCCUAUUUUUCUAUCCGUUAGAUUUUACGUUUGUUUGCCCGACGGAGAUAAUUGCAUUCAGCGAGAAGGUCGCCGAGUUUAAAGCCCUGAACACACAAGUGAUCGGAGUGUCGACGGACUCGCACUUCAGCCAUUUGGCGUGGAUUAAUACCCCGAGGAAGCAGGGCGGCCUCGGAGGAGACCUGGGCUACCCUCUCUUGAGCGACUUCAACAAGACCAUAUCGACCAGCUACAACGUGCUGCUGCCGGACUCGGGAGUUGCUCUCAGAGGCCUCUUCAUCAUAGACAAGGAGGGGAUUCUGCGACAGUUUUCCAUCAACGAUCUCCCGGUUGGCAGGAGCGUCGAGGAGACGUUGAGAUUGAUCAAGGCCUUCCAGUUUGUCGAGAAGCACGGUGAGGUAUGUCCCGCAAAUUGGCAGCCGGAUUCCAAAACCAUCAAGCCGAAUCCGAAAGAUAGCAAACAGUACUUUGAAUCUGUUAAUUAGACUUGCAUUUAGGGCUUUUAUUCCAGGGAUUUGUACAACACAAUAGAUUAUAAUGUGAUAUGAUAAAAUUUAUAGAUUAUGGCAAUGUAAUAUAUAAUUUAGUUCUAAUGCAAUAUACACUUGAUUAUGUAAAAUGAACAAAGUUUAAGAAAUUAUAUACGUUUUAUCAUAGAACAAUGUAAUGUAUUUACAAGCUUCUUCUAUAUGUACAUACAUUAUAUUUUAUGCAAUUUUGCAUGAAAUCUUACGAGCAAAUAGUAAGAGAAAUAUAUAAGUACUUGGUCAAGAAA